AUGUCAAGAGUCCCAUAUGCUAGUGCAGUAGGUAGCUUGAUGUACGCUAUGGUAUGCACUAGACCUGAUCUUGCACAUGCUGUUAGUGUUGUCAGCAGGUUUAUGAUACAACCUGGGAAGGAGCAUUGGCAGGCUGUGAAGAGGAUCUUCCGGUACCUUAAGGGUACACCUGAUGUGGGGAUUAGCUUCGGAAGUGAUAUAGAGUGCUUGGUGUCUGGGUAUUCUGACUCGGACUAUGCUGGAGAUGUUGACACGAGGAUAUCGAUGACCGGUUAUGUAUUCACUCUUGGGAGUUCUGUAGUGAGCUGGAAGGCAACUUUGCAGUCGGCAGUGACAUUGUCUACCACUGAGGCGGAGUAUAUGGCGUUGACAGAAGCUGCAAAGGAGGGAAUAUGGUUGAAGGGACUGGUUGGUGAUCUUGGCCUACAUCAUGAUCAGGCAGUGGUGUAUUGCGACAGUUUGAGUGCAAUAUGCUUGGCCAAGGAUCAAGUCCACCAUGAGAGGACUAAGCAAAUCGAUGUGAGGUAUCAUUUCUUGAGGACAGAGAAGAGGAUUAAGGUGAAGAAGGUUAGCACAGCGGAUAAUCCUGCUGAUAUGUUCACGAAGCCGGUUCCACAUGGCAAGUUCCAACACUGCUUGGACUUGCUGAAUGUCUUGAGUGGGUGA